GAGCUUUCUCCAGAGACGUCUUCAGACACGCAGCAGAGGACGAGAUUACCCAAAAUCCAUCAGGUCAGCAUCUAUACAUCCAUCCCUCAGUCCAGACGGUGCAGACAUGAAGAGACCUCACGACUACAGCUCCCCUGACUCGGACACAGACGAGUUUAUUGACGUGGGGCAAGAAGACAGCUACUGCCCAGUCACCGGGUCCAUGUCUCCUGGCAGCGCCUCGCAGAUUCUGGCCCGAAAGAAGAGAAGAGGGAUCAUAGAGAAGAGGCGCAGAGACCGGAUCAACCACAGCCUGUCAGAGCUCAGGAGGCUGGUGCCCAGUGCUUUUGAGAAACAGGGUUCAUCAAAGCUGGAGAAAGCAGAAAUCCUGCAGAUGACUGUGGACCACCUCAAACUUCUGCACGCCAUGGGAGGAAAAGGUUACUUUGAUGCGAGGGCACUAGCAGUCGACUACAGGACCCUGGGCUUCAGGGAGUGCGUAGGAGAGGUGGUGCGGUACCUCAGUUCCCUUGAUGGAGAGUCCCCAGACCCGAUAGGAGCCCGCUUGGUCUCCCACCUUUCCCACUGCGCGAGCGAGCUGGACCCUCUCCUCCUGCAGUCACCCCCUUCCUCCGCCCUCCCCUUCCCUCCUUGGGCGUGGCCGGCUUUCCCUCAGAUUUCCCCCUCCUCACCGGCCUCCCCCUCACCUGCUUUCCCAGCCGGGCGCAGGGAUCUGGCUCUUCUGGGGAGCUACCCGUCGCCCGCCUCCCUCCGACUCGCCCCCCUGGCUGGCUGCCAACAGGGCGCACCGCCGCUUCUCGCGCCCACAGUCCACAGGGUGCCAUCCUUGGCAGCUUCCACGGUUCUGGCCCCCUCCAGACCCACCCAGCCCUCCCCUCACAGUGCCACCAGUGCCUCGCCUCUUCCCCUCCCCACCUCUUCUUCUUCCUCCUCUUCUUCUACCUCCGCCUCUAAUUCAUCAACAUCCUCCACUCCUAUGCAAGUCUCAUUCAGACCAUUUGCACCUCUGGGGUCUCCCACAGUCCAGCGCAGGGGCUUGAGUGGAUCAGCCAAGUCAUCCCAAGGAUGGGGAACUGAGAUCGGAGCCUUCUGAGAGUCUCCUUUUUGAAGUCUUUUACAAAUGAACUCUGUAUAGCGGACAUGGAGCUCCCAUGUAUCGAGUAAAGCCAAGUUCAGACCAAAGAUUUGCAAGACUGUUUUAGAACGUCGCUUGCGACACUUGCAGCUGUCUGCAAAACUGUGUGAUGACGUUGCCUGUGAUUGAGUUUGUCAAGUCACAGUCAGCUUGUUGCAGGAAGUUGCAAGCAGAUAGAUGUGAAAGGGGAACUGGGCGUCUACUUUUAAAAGACUGUAAAUGCAAGCAAUUACCUGUUCAAAGUAAGAUAAAAUCAUGCUGUGGAUGAGGGAAAUGAUCAGAUUUUUUUUGUUCUGUUUUGUUCUUUUCACACUGAAAGUUCAGCACAUAAACACAGGCUUUGCACAGAGGCAGGACAUGCAGCACUAUACCAGCUGAUGAAUGAGAAAUUCUGCUGCAAGAUUCAACUCAUCACAUUGUGAAUCUUUGAUCUGAACUGGGCUUUAGAUACCCUCGGAGGAAAAGUUGAAAACUUUGAUGAUUGUCUCUGAUUUGAGGGACUCUAAAGCCAUAUCAAGACUGUGGGUGAAGUCUCAAAUAUUUACAAUUUUAAAAGGAAUAAUGAAGGAAUGUUAGGGAAGAGUGCUGAGUAAAGACAUUCAUGAUGUUGCUUUUUACAUACAGAAAAUCAACAGAGCCAUAUAUAUAUAAAUAUGCAUAUGCAUCUCAACAGAUAGACGUUGA